AUGAAUAUACUUAAAUCAUCUCCACUUGGAGCUGCUAUUAAUUCUAAUAAUGGUAAUCGUCGAAAUGUCCCGAGAAGAGAUUAUCGAAUUGAAUUUACUAAUUUAAAUACUAUCAAUCAAAAUAUAUGGGAUGGUGAUGAUAAUAAAUAUCGUUGUAUUUGUAAGAUGGUUCAUGUAACAAAGGCUGCAUUACAUUUAGCCUAUGCUCAACUAACAAUCUUCAUGAUGUUUGUUUGUGUUCUUGCAUACUCAUACAUCAUGCAACAUCGUGGAGGAAAUAAUGUUAGUGGACAGGGAUCUAAUGAUCAAAUGCUCAGUGGAAUGUAUAUGAAUCAUAAUUCAAACUUUUUGUUUUCAUUUUCUGCUCAAAUGUUUUUUGUUAUCCUUUUAAUUCAUGGAAUUCGUAAUGAAAAACGUUCACUUCUCAUACCAUAUAUUGUUUUUAUAAUGAUAUGUGUAUUAAUUGGUUUUGCUCAACUUUGUACAGAAAUAAUUGGAUCACUUAGUCAACAAACAUCUCCAUCAUAUCCACCAACUGGAUCUAUUGAUAUCAAAACAACUAAAGGACCUCUUAGUCAACCAUUUUUUGCUAUGUUAGUUGGUGUUCUUAUUCAUGCAUGGUGUUUGAAUGUUGUUUGGAGAUGUUAUCAAUAUUUAGGUGAUAAGAAACUUGCUAAAAGUAUUGCUGAACAACUUUCUCAUACACAAUCAGCAUUUAAUUAUCCACAUUUUGGUUAUCCAGUCUUUAAUUAUCCUCAACCACCACCAUAUUCUGAUGUUGUUAUUGGAGGUAAUGUUGGUGAAAGAGAACCUAUGGUUCCUGGUAAUGUAAAUGGUGAACCAGUUCAAGAAGAUACACCAAAUAACAAUGAUAAUAUUGUUGUAACAAAUAAUCAACAAAAUCAACAAGAAAAUGAAACAACAGCUAAUACCAGUGAUAUUAAAUCAAUUAUAAUGUAA